AGGAGCAACAGGUGACUGAAUUCAUUACUAUCGAAGAGCAAGGAAAGGCUCCGGUCACAUCUGUUACUGAAAAUCCAGUGGAAGAAAUAGUUGAUGAGAUUGUUAAAUCACUUCCCGCGCUUGAGGAUGUCAAGCCUGCAGAAGUGAUAGAAAUGCAAGAGCAUUUAAUCCUUACCAAAGGUGUUAUAAAGGAAGAGAAAGGGAAAGAGAUUACAAUGAAGAAGAUUAAACCUAUAGGCAAAGAAGAAGAAGUAGCAGAAAUAGUUACUGUUGAAGAAAAAGAAAAACUACCUAUUACGACAGUGUCUGAGGAUCGCGUAGAAGAAAUACUGGAAGAAUUGUCGAAACCAGUUUUGUUAAUUGAAUAUGUUAAGCCAACUGAAGUAGAAGGUGUUCGUGAAGAAAUCACAGUCACUGAAGAAGUAACUAAAGAAGGAAAACCAAAGAAAAUAACUAAAAAGAGAAUUAUCACUCGUAAAGGCAAAGAACAACGAGUAAUAGAAGAAGCUACGGUUGAAGAACAAGGAAAAAGACCAGUCACAACUAUAACUGAAGGACCUAUGGAAGAAUUAGUUGAAGAAAUAAUAAAACCGUUGUCUGCUCUAGAACAAAUCAAACCAUCUGAAGUGGAAGAAAUUCGUGAGCAAAUAACUGUGACUGAAGAAAUAACUAAAGAAGGUAAACCUAAAAAAAUCGUCAAAAAGAAAAUAAUCAAACGAAAAGGAAGAGAACAACAAAUCUCCGAAGUUGUUACGGUUGAAGAACAAGACAAACCUCCAGUAACUAUUAUCACUGAAAGUCCUAUUGAAGAAAUAGUUGAAGAAACGAUAAAAGCUUUGCCUGUACCCAAAUAUAUGAAACCAGGUGAUGUAGAAGAAGUCCGUGAACAAGUCAUUAUUACUCAAGAAAUAACCAAAGAAGAUAAGCCAAAGAAGAUAACCAAGAAGAAAGUUAUCAAACUCAAAGGGAAGAAACAGCAAGUGACUGAAAUUGUUACCAUUGAAGAACAAGGAAAGAAACCCAUUACAACUAUAACAGAAGGACCUGUUGAAGAAGUAAUUAAAGAUAUUAUAAAACCACUCGUAAAACCAUCCGAAAUAGAAGAAGUUCACGAACAAGUAACUGUCGUUGAAGAAAUAAAGGAAGGCAAACCUAAAAAGAUUACUAAGAAAAAGAAAAUUAGACAAAAGGGAAGAGAACAACAAGUAUCUGAAAUUAUAAUUGUUGAAGAAGAAGGAAAGCUGCCAGUUACAACGAUUACCGAAGGUCCUACAGAAGAAAUAAUCGAAGAAACUGUGAAAAUUCUGUCUGCUCCAGAAUAUACUAAACCAAAUGAACUGGAAGAGAUUCGUGAACAAGUUACUGUCACACAAGAAAUGACCGAGGAAGGCAAACCUAAGCAAAUUACGAAACAAAAGACCAUGAAACGUAAAGGAAAGAAACAACAAGUGACGGAAGUUGUAAUAGUUGAAGAGGAAGGCAAAUCUCCUGUCACAACUAUUAUUGAAGGUCCUGUCGAGGAAAUUGUAAAAGAAACUAUAAGAGCACUUCCUAUUUUAGAACGUGUAGAACCAUCAAAAGUGGAAGAAGCAGUUGAAGAAACUGUUACUGAAAUUGUUACCGAGGAAGGUAAACCAAAAAUCGUUAAGAAGAAAAUUCCUAAAAAAGUUUCUAAAAAAGUGUCUGUUCCUAAAGAAGAAAAAGAAAAAGUUCCAGAAAUUCCUGAAAUUUCUGAACUUCCAAGAAAACUUAAGAAACCAAUUAAACUUGAACGUCUCAAAAUAACUAAAGUCGAAGCCACGAAACUCGAAAUACAAGAAAUAUCUGUAGAUAAACCUCAAUUUGCACAAAUUAAAUUGCGUAAAACUCCAAUUAUGAAACGACCUGUGGAAAAGAAAGAAAAAAUUCCUCGAGUUCUUCUUCGAAGUCGAAUUACACCCAUAGAAUGGCCUCCAGGCAUAAAAUAUUUGAAAAUCGAGGAAUUUGAACCGAAUGAAGUUCAAAAUGGCAUUUUGUCUCGCAAUGUCGAAGAAGCUGCCACUUUACCAAAAUCUAAGAAGAAGAAGUUGAAACGUUUGGAAAAGGAAAUAACCAAACUGGAAAAGCUGGAUCAAGAAUUCGAAGAAUUGAAAAAAGAAUUACCUCUGGAAAAACUUGAAGAGCCUCUAAUAGAGAAACCGGAAAAGAAAGUGAAGAAAAAGAAGCCUGUUGAAAAGGUUAAAAGCGAAAAGCCACAGUUAAUGAGAAUCAGCAUCAAAGAACAGAAACCUAUCAAAUUGAAAAUUGAGGAACCAAUUACUCCUUUGUUUGCACAGAUUAAACUGAAAAAAGUACCUGUCAAACCAAAAAAGAAAGAAGAUAAAGAUGAAACUAAGUUUCUUAAGGUUUUAUUACGCAGUCGUAUCACAGAACAGGAAUGGCCACCAUCUAUCAAAUAUCCUAUUAUUACUGAACUUGAACCUAAUUAUGUACAGAGUGGUGAACUAUCUCGCACUAUGGAAGAAGCGUUAAAACUAAAGAAAGUGAAACACAAGAAAGUGAAACUUCCAGAAAAAGAAAUAACAAAAUUGGAAAAAUUGGAUCAAGAUUUCGAAAAAUUAAAGAAAGUUCCAUUAGAAAAAGUAGAAGAAAUAGUGCCGUAUGAACAUAAGCUUAAACCCAAAGAAUCUGAAGAAGAGAAACCGAAAAAAUUGAAAAUAGGCAAAGGAAAACCUCGGUCUGCGGAAGAAGAGGAGCCAGAAGUAAUCAAAUUAAAGAAAAUACCGGAAAAAGUUCCAAGUAUUUCAGAAAAGCUUACUCCUAUUGCAAAAAAGAAAGAUGAAGUAGACAAGCCUGAAAAAGAGAAAGAAGAGAAAGAAUAUCCUGAACUAAAAUCAUUCGAACCAUACGAAAUAGAAACAACCGAAGUAGAAUUAGAAGAACUAGAAAAACCAGAAUAUCCAAAGAAACCAGAAAAAGUGUCUAAAAAGAUGCCAACUAAGAAACCGAAGAAGGAAUGCAAGAUACCGACUCAGGAAACUGAGGCUGUUCCAAUAGUACCCGGUGUUCCAAAACCAAGAGAACCUGAAGAAGAAGAAAAAAUUAAGAGAAGAAUUCCUGAAUAUGAAGCUUCAAUGAAGGAGCCAGAGAAAAAUAAAUUGAAACCUUGGAAGAAACCUGAAGAAGAAAAAGAGCAAGAAAAGAAACCUGAGUAUUAUCUAAAAUUCGUUCCCAAAGACGACGAUAUUGUCGAGAUUGUCGAGAUUGUCACGACCGUGAGCACGGAAGAAACACCAGAAAAGAAACAACGAAAAAUCAAAAAGAAGAAAACCACGACGAAACAUGGAGACGAAAAACCGAAAGUUGUCGAAGAGACAACGAUAGAGGAAGAGGGUGAACCUAUAGUAACGGUUGAAGAAAUUGUCGAGGAUAAAACUGUAUCAGUCGAAUUGAAACCUAUACCUGUCGAAGAAAUCAAAGAAGAGAUAGUAACGAGCAAGAUUAUGAGCGAGGAUGGAAUAAAGAAAAUGGUGCGCAAAAAACGCGUCACAAGAAAACGCGAAGGUAAAGAACAGAUCACCGAAGAGGUGGUCGUGGAAGAGGAAGGUAAAGAACCAUUAAUAGCAACAACAGAACUUCACGAAGACAUUACACGAGAAAUACACGAAAAACCAAAACACAAAAGACCAACAAAACCAAAAGCUGACGAGAAAGUGACGGAAGAUAUCACGGAGGAAGUUGUAGAACAGAAAAUUGUCGAGGAAAUCAAGAAAAUACCAAAGGUUGUCAAAAAGAUUAUUAAGAAAAAACCUCUUAAAGCUAAAGAUGAAGUAACAGAGGAAGUCGUGGAAGAAAUAAUAAUAGAGCAACCUGAUGAACAAGAAGCACAACCAAUCGUCGAAGAACUAGAAACAGCAACAGUUAUUGAACACGAUGUACGAAAGAUACCGAAGAAAAAGAAGGAGGUCAUUAUUAAAGAGGAGGAGGAGAUAUUUGAAACAAUCGAGACACCUACACAAAAAAUUAUUAGGAAGAAGAUUCGUCCUAUGAAGAAAGAAGGAGAAGAAAUCGUGGUAGAAGAAAUAAUUCAGAAACCACGCGAGGAAACGAUAGAAAUGGAGAAACAAAGAAUAGUAGAAGUAAUCGAGACACCUACAAAGAAAAUAGUGAAGAAAAUAAAAGCAGUAGUAAAAGAUGACGGUGUUCCCGAAGAGAUUGUUGAAGAAAUCGUAAUCGAGAAACCGCAGAAAGAAAAAGCGAAACCUAUCGUGGAAGAAGAAAAGGAAAAGGUCAAAAUAACGAAAAUUGAUCUAAUACAAGCACCCAAAAAACCGGAAGAAAUAGUUGAAGACGAAGAAGAAAUAAUUGAAACCAUUGAAACUCCAACGCAAAAGAUCAUUAAAAAGAAACCAAAAGAUAAAAAGAAGAAGAUAGUGGAAGAAGUUAUACAAAAAACAAUAGAAGAAGCAAAAGCAAUGGAAGAACAUAAAAUUGUGGAAAUCAUUGAAACACCGACAAAGAAAAUAAUCAAGAAGAAAAAAGCGAUUAUCACAGAAGGAAAAACUCCUGAGGAAGAGGAAGUUGAAGAAAUCGUAAUUGAAAAACCUGUUAAAGAAAAAAUCCAAAAGGAUGUUGUAUCUCAAGAAGGCAUAGAAAUUACUGAAAUUAUUACCGAAACUUCUAUCGAACAGUUUCCUGAAAAGAAACCAGAAGAAAGCAAGCCCUCAGUUGUGGAAGAAGAAAAGACAGAAAUCACGCAGAUAGAAAUGAAGAAAGUACCAAAGAAGAAGAAAAAACCAAUUACAACGAUUGAAAUAGAAGAGAAAGAAGAGAUCAUAGAAGAAAUAAAACCUGAAGUGAAAAAAGAAAAAGCUAAACCGACUGAGAAAGAGAGUGUUGAAAUAACCGAAGUGAUUUCUGAAGAAAUAACAGAAAAACUUCCUGAAGAAGUUAAACUUAUGAAAAAGAAAGUUGCUAAAAUUAAGGAAACAGAAGAAAAAAUAAUAAAGAAGGAAGUAAAAGUAAAGGAAGCACCGAAGGAAGCUGUGCCUCAGACAGAAGAACAGCCAGAAGAAGAAGUACAAGAACUAAUUACAGAAAAGCCAAAGAAAACUAAAGCAAAGAAAGAAAUCAUGUCUCAAGAUAGUAUCAUAACUACCGAAGUCAUUUCUACAAGCGCAGAAGAAGCGUUAGAAAUAAAGAAACCGGAAGAAGAUAAAGCUGUAGUUACCAAAGAAAAGGAAGAGAAAGAUAAAGUAGAAGAGAAGAAAGUAAUUGUAAAAAAGGCUCCUAAAAAGAAACUUAUACCAACGGAAGCUGAAGAGGAACAAAUAGAAGAAAUAAUAGAAGAGAUGACACCAGAAGAAUUAAAAAAGAAAAAAGCUAAAAAGACUAUCCUUCCUAAGGAGGAGAUACAGAUAACCGAAAUGAUUCCUGAAGUUAAAACAGAAGAGAUAAAAGAGAAAAAACCAAAAGAAGAAAAAGCUGUUCCCAAAGAGGAAGAAAAAGUGGAAGAAGAAGCAAAGAUUACAGAAGUUUCCAUAAAGAAAGUACCCGAAGAAAAGGAAGAAAAGAAAGAAAUUGUAACGAACGGUGAGAUUAUUGGAGAAAAACCAAAAAUAAAAGAAAUUUCUGAAGAAAAACCUGAAUUAAAAGAAGCUCCAAAGGCAGAAAAAUUUAAAAAAGAGAAACCAAAAGAACCAGAGGAAAAGAAAGCAAAGGAAGAGAAAUUGAAAAAGAAAAAAAUACCAGAAAAGAAACCUAUCGUGGAAGAGGAACAGUUCGAAGAAAGAAUAGAAGAAAUAGUAGAAGAAAAACCAAAGAAAGUCGAGCCCAAAAAAGAAAUUAUAUCAAUGAAAAGUAUAGAAACUACUGAAAUUAUUUCAGAAACUGUUGCCGAAGAAUUGUCAACGAAGAAACCUGAGGAACAUAAAGCAAUACCUGUCGAAGAAAAAUCAGAUGAAAAAGUUACAGUUGUAGAAGUCUCAGUAGAAAAAGCUCUAGAAAAGAAAGAGAAAAAAAUACCAGAAGAAAAACCAAUCGAGGAAAUUCCUGAGAAACCAAAGGAAAUAAAGAAGAAGAAGAAAAAGAAGGUAGUUAAGAAAGAUGAUAUCGAAGAAUGGGUAGAACCAGAAUAUGAACGACCAGUAUUGGAACCUAUGCCUGAGAAGAUACAAUGGGAACCAAAGAAGAAAAAAGUAAAGAAACCUUUACCAGAAUCCUUGCAGAAACUGGUACCUCAGAAAAUCGAAAGAAAAGAGAUUAAACCCACGAAGUUAAAAUAUUCAGAACCUACAGAAACUGUUCAGUUUGCUGCAAUUAAAUUAAAGAAAGUAGUAAUUCCGAAAAAGAAGGAAAUUGAAGAAGCCAAAUUUCCGAAAAUUAUGUUACGAAGCAGAAUUACAUUUGUCAGAGAUUAUCCACCUGAAAUACAAUAUUCAAAGAUAACUGAACUGGAAGAAAAUCCAGUUCAAACGGGUAUUCUGUCUAGAAAUACAGAAGAAGCUCUUGAAAUUCUAAAGAGGAAAGUGAAGAAGAUUAAACUUCCCAAAAAAGAAAUCACAGAAUUAGAAAAAUUGGACCAAGAAUUCGAAGAAUUGAAAAAGGUUCCAUUGGAAAAAAUAGAAGAUAAAUCGAUAUAUGAACGUCCACCAAAAAAACCUACGGAAAAACCAGAAGAACCACAAAAGUUAAUUAUUGGAAAAGGUAAGGUGCCGGAAGAAAAGAAAACAGAACCUGAAAUGAUGAAAUUAAAAAAGAUUCCUGAAAAGAAACCGGAAAAAAUUGAAGAACCAUUGAAGAAACCAGACAAACCAGAAUUUGAAGAGGAAGUUAAGCCACGAAAGAAAGAGAAACCAAAGAUGAAAUUAGAACACGAAGAAUUGAGACCAUUAGAAUUUGACAAACCAGAGCUCGAAAAAUAUGUGCCCGAAGAGCGUGAGAAAUCAGAAAAACCGGCACCAGAGCCAGUGCCAAAACCAUAUGAAAGAGAGAAAAAGAAAAAACCAGAUCAAGAAAUAGAACAAAUUCCUUUGAUAAAAGGAGAACCUAAACCAUCAGAACCAGACAAAGAACCGGAACUUAAAUUUAGAAUACCCCAAAAAGAAAAACCAGAGGAAGAACCGGAAAAGAUAACAUUGAAAGGCUGGAAAAAAGAUAAACCUGAGGAUGAAGAUAUCAAAGAAUUUCCAGCGAAGGAAGAAAAAGAAGCUCCUACGGAACCCAAAGAAACGGAAGAGAUUAUCCUGAAGCGCAAAGUAAAACCAAAGAAACCUAAAGAAGAACCUCCUAAGGAGGAGGAAGUGACAUUCAAAAAACCAAAAGAAAAGAAAGAAGUUCCAGAAGUAAUUGAAGAAAUCACGCUAAAGAAAAAACCUGAGAAACCAAUAGAAGAAAUCCCGGCAGAAAUAUUUAUUAAGAAACCAAUUGUAGAGGAAAAAGAAGCAGAAGAAGAGGAAACAAUUACUGAAGUAACAUUAAAGAAAAAACCGAAAAAACCAGAAGAAAUUGUUGAAGAAACAAUUGUAAAGAAACCAAAGAAAAAGCCGAUAAAGAAGGAAGAAGCCGAGGCUGAAAUUACCAUUAAGAAAGUUGAAGAGAAAGAAGUCGAAGAGGUUAAAGAAGAAGUAGUUAUACAGAAAAAACUGAAAGAAAAACCUGUUCCAGAGCAAGCAAUAGAAGAAGUUACUCUGAAGAAACCAGAAGAAAAGAUACCUGAGGAAAUAAUUGAAGAAAUAAAGAAACCUAAAGAAAUGAAACCUGUAAAGGAAAAAGCUAUUGAUGAAAUCACUGUAAAGAAACCUAUUGUGGAAGAAAAGAAGGAAGAGGAAAUUCCUGAACAAAUAACACUCAAGAAAAAGAAACCAAAAGAAAAACAAGUUCCAGAGAAAAUAGAAGAAAAGGUUACAUUGAAAAAACCAAUACCAAAAGAAAAAGUGCCGGAAGAAAUAAGCGAACAAGUAGAGAUAAAGAAACCGAAAAAGAAAAAACCUGUAGAAGAAGAGGCAGCUGAUGAAAUCACUAUUAAGAAACCUGUGCCUGUAGAAAAGGAAGAAGAAGAGAUUACAGAGGAGAUUACAUUGAAGAAAAAGAAACCUAAAGAGAAACCAGUUUUAGAAGAAGUGAAGGAAGAGGUUACAUUGAAAAAACCAGUAUCAAAAGAAAAAGAGCCGGAAGAAAUAAGCGAACAAGUAGAGAUAAAGAAAAAGAAAAAACCUAUAGAAGAAGAGGCAGCUGAUGAAGUCACUAUUAAGAAACCUGUGCCUGUAGAAAAGGAAGAAGAAGAGAUUACAGAGGAGGUUACAUUGAAGAAAAAGAAACCUAAAGAGAAACCAAUUUUAGAAGAAGUGAAGGAAGAAGUUACAUUGAAAAAACCAGUAUCAAAAGAAAAAGUGCCAGAAGAAGUAAGCGAACAAGUAGAGAUAAAGAAACCGAAAAAGAAAAAACCUGUAGAAGAAGAGGCAGCUGAUGAAGUCACUAUCAAGAAACCUGUUCCUGUAGAAAAAGAAGAAGAAGAGAUUACAGAGGAGGUUACAUUGAAAAAGAAGAAACCUAAAGAGAAACCAGUUUUAGAAGAAGUGAAGGAAGAGGUUACAUUGAAAAAACCAGUAUCAAAAGAAAAUGUGCCGGAAGAAGUAAGCGAACAAGUAGAGAUAAAGAAACCGAAAAAGAAAAAACCUGUAGAAGAAGAGGCAGCUGAUGAAGUCACUAUCAAGAAACCUGUACCUGUAGAAAAAGAAGAAGAAGAGAUUACAAAGAAGGUUACAUUGAAAAAGAAAAAACCUAAAGAGAAACCAGUUUCUGAAGAAGUAACUGAAGAAGUUACACUAAAAAAACCAAUUCCAAAAGAAGAAGAAAAAGAAAUAACCGAGAAAGUUGAAAUAAAGAAACCAAAGAAGAAGCCAGAAGAAGAGGUUUCCGAUGAAAUGACCAUUAAAAAGCCAAUUCCUAUAGAGAAGGAAGAAGAAAUAAUAGAAAAAGUGACAUUGAAGAAAAAGAAACCGAAAGAGAAACCAGUUCCAGAAGAAGUAACGGAAGAAGUUACAUUCAAAAAACCAAAAGAAGAAGAAAAAAUACCUGAAGAAGUAACCGAAAAAGUAGAAGUGAAAAAACCUAAGGAGAAAAAGCCGAUAGUACAAGAGGCUGCCGAUGAAAUAACGAUCAAAAAGAUCGUUGAAGAAGAAAAGAAGGAAGAGGAGGCUCCUGAAGAAGUUAUACUAAGACCAAAACCGAAGAAGAAAUCAAUCGUAGAAGAAGAAGAAGAGGUCGCUGAAGUAAUCAUCACAAAACCAAAACUAGUCGAAAAAGAAAAGACAUCGGAAGAAGUUGAAGUAUCUCUGAAAAAACCAAAAAAGAAACCGGUUGUAGAGGAAGAAUCUGCCGAUGUGACUAUCAAAAAAUUAAUUCCUACAGAGGUUGAGGAAGUGCCUGAAGAAUUUACCAUUAAGAAAAAGAAGAAACCAGAAAAGAAACCGACGGUCACGGAAGAGAUCGAAGAAACUGCCGUGACCAUAAAGAAAGUUCGUGUUCCCGAGGAACCAAAAGAAGAAGAGGAAGUGUCGACUGAAAUACAAAUAAAGAAGAAGAAACCUGAACACAAGAUCAAAAAGGAAGUGGCUGAAGAACUAACCAUUAAAAAGUUCGAAGAAGUGAAACAGCCUGAAGAAGAAGAAGAAGUGCAAGAAUUCACAGUAAAACGAAAACCUCCGAAGCAGCCUCCUAAACCGAUCGAAGAGAUCUAUGAAGAUGUUACUCUUCGAAAAUUACGUCCAAAGAGAAAACCAAGGCCAGAUAUCAAUGAGGUGACCGAGGUAGAAAAUGUAACGUUCCGACCACGGUCCACGAAGACCAAAGAAGACGUAGAACAAGAAUUCAAGAUCUCGUUGAACACCUACGAGGAAGAAGAUAUUUCGAUGUCCAGUAAAGUUCGAUUGAAACCCAAGAAACGGCCAAUGACAUUCUCUGAAGAGACUGGAGAAGAAACGAUCAAGAUAAUACAGGAAAUCGAGGAUGAUUCCGGGCCUAUCAUAGAAGAGAUCAUAGAAUCGGAUGAAGAGGCCAAGGAUCAAUAUAGUAUCGAGGAAUUGGAAACUGACGAAAUGAGGCUUCCAUUCAAAAGGAAGAAGAAGAAGGAACCUAAACCAUAUAAAGUGGAAGACGUCGAGGAGGGUGACGUGAAAUUGAAACUGAAACACGAAAGGAAAUACUCCAUAGAGGAAGCUGACGAAACGUUGGCGUUGAAGUUGAAGGCCAAAAGACGCGUGUCCACUUACGAAGAAGAAGAAGCCUCGCUUAGUAUCACCAGAGAAGAAGAUAUUUCAGAGGGAGAAGAAAUCGAAUACGUUGUCCGCGAUGGCGACACAAUGUUCUCGAUUUGCUCGUAUGUGGCAGAAACCGACGAAGCCAUUAACCUCGUUGAAGGAGAAAGAGUUUAUAUUAUCGACCACACGAAUCAGGAUUGGUGGUUCGUGAAAAAACAUUUGACAGAAGAAAAAGGUUGGGUUCCAGCACAAUAUCUUCUCAACGAAGUCCAUUAUACUCAUUAUCUGCAACGCAAAUUACACGAGAAAAUUGACAAAUUACCUGUAUUUGAAAAACCUGGGCCUGGAGAGAAAACAUCAGCACCGAGAUUCAUCGAAAAAUUGCAGCCAAUUCAUACACCAGAUGGUUACACGGUUCAAUUCGAAUGUCAAGUGGAAGGUUUACCAAGACCUCAAAUAACAUGGUUCCGACAAACUGCCAUCAUCAAACCAUCCCCUGACUUCCAAAUGUAUUACGAUGAUGAUAAUGUAGCAACUUUGAUCAUCAGGGAAGUAUUCCCUGAAGAUGCCGGCACUUUCACCUGUGUCGCCAAAAACGCUGCUGGUUUCGCUUCCAGUACUACGGAAUUGAUCGUAGAAGCGCCUCUUUCUGAUCAUGGAUCAGAUCUGACUGGUCCAUCCAGAAAGAGUCUAUCAAGAGAAUCAUCGCUCGCCGAUAUCUUGGAAGGAAUACCACCGACGUUCUCCCGAAAACCAAAAGCGAAAUACGUCAAUGAGGGUGAAGAUGUGAUACUGGAAUGUCGAUUAGUAGCAGUACCGGAACCUGAAAUAACGUGGUAUUACAAGGAUACGCAGAUCACAACCAAAGAGAACAUCGUAGUUGCUACUGAAAGUGAUAUGCAUAUGUACUGCAGUGUGAUUAAAAUUACCAAAGUGCAAAAGAAACAGGAAGGAAAGUACACCAUUGUCGCUAAGAACAGGGAAGGUGAAGCUACCAUUGAGAUUCCUAUGAAGGUGAAGACUGGUAAACAUGAACCACCAGAGAUUCUAGAGCCAUUGCAAUCAUAUGUGGUACGAGAGGGUGAAACCGUGGUAUUGUCGACACAAAUCGUAGGAAAUCCAGCUCCUAAAGUGACUUGGUACAAGAAUGGUAAACCAUUGAAGGAUCUGAUCCCGAAACAAGAUGGCCACGUGAACACGUUAACGUUGAUUCAGCCCCAAGUAUCUGACAGUGGAGAUUAUUCUGUCACAGCCAUUAACGAUCUUGGCAAGGUUGAAACGAAAGCUACAUUGACAGUUGAAAUAAACUUGAAUCCUUCGCUGACCAUUAGCUUCCAACAACACGCGUACGAACACUACACUUUAACCAAGGAGAUACCAAGCGGAGCACCAGAACCGCCACUCUUCACGGAACGAUUCCAAGAACUUACUGUUCCGCAAAAUGGUACCUUCAAAUUGGUCGCAAAGGUUACUGGAAAUCCUGUACCGGAAGUCACGUGGUUAAGAAAUAAUAAAUCCUUGGAAAAAUCGCCGAAUAUCAUUGAAACUUAUGACGGUGAGAACAUCGUGCUGGAGAUCAGGAACGCGGAUUCAGAGGUGGAUGCAGGAGAUUAUAAAUGCAUCGCUAGUAAUCCAGUUGGAAAAGCCUCUCACGGUGCCAAAGUUACGGUGGAUGUGGAAAAGGUAACGUUCACGAAAACUCUGGAGAAGGAAGUGAUCGUCGACGAGUACAAGACCUUGGAAUUGAUCUGCGAAACAUCGCACACGGUAUCGACGAAAUGGUGGCACAAUGAUAAAGAGAUCAGUGGAAUGGAUCAUCGUGAAAUUAUUCAAGAAGGACGAGUGCACAAGUUGGUGAUCAAGAGAACUAGUCCUACUGAUGAAGGAACUUACAAAUGCACUGUGAAGAAUCAAUCAACAUCAAGCAAAGUUACUGUAAAAGCUACCAAACCAGAGUUCGUGAAGAAGUUACAAGACUGCGAAGUAAAGGAGCGUGAUGUCGCCAUUUUGGAAGUCGAGAUCACGUCGCAGACAGCGGACGUGAAAUGGUUCAAGGAUGGCGAGUCCUUGGGACCAAGUAAAGAAAAAUUAGAAUUCGUGAAAGAUGGCACCAUUAGAAAAUUACUAAUCAGAAGCACAUCUGUCCAUGAUGAAGGAGAAUACACGUGCACUCUUAUGGAUGAGAAAUGUACAGCGGAAGUCACUGUUAUUGAAUUACCACCGGAAAUCAUCACGAAAAUGCAAGACGUGACGAUAGCAAGAGGCGAGAGAGCGAUUUUCGAGAUAGAAUUGACGAAAGGAGACGCUUUGGUUCGAUGGUUCAAAGAUGGCCAAGAACUACAAUUUUCUGAACACGUACAACUGUCGAUAGAUGGCAAGAGGCAGAAAUUGAAGAUAUACGACACGGAACCGGAAGAUGCGGGUGUUUAUUCCUGCGAAGUCGGUCAACAAAAAUCAUCUGCCAAGUUAAUUGUGGAAGAACCAGGCGUGGACUUUAUCACUAGAUUACCAGAUGUCACUCUUGUACCGUUGAAUGCAGAUGCCGUUUUCAUCAUUGAAAUAUCGAGGGACGUUCCAGUUACAUGGAUGAGGAAAUCUGAAGUAAUUAAGGAAUCAUCGAAAUAUAGUAUCGUCGAUGAAGGCACAGUGAAGAAACUGAUAGUGAAGAAAUGUACCACUAAAGAUAUUUCAGAAUACACAGCUGCUGUAACAAAUGUGAAAACAUCAUCGAAAUUAAGGGUCGAAGUCAUUGAAGUGGCGCCAAAGAUUAGUCCAGACACACCCAAGAAGUACAAGGUGAGAAAGGGUGAAGAUGUCGAAAUAGUGGUGAAAUUCAGCGCGACACCGAAACCGAACGACGAAUGGACAGUGAAUGGCCAUGUGGUUACGAAAUCGAAACGUGUUAUGCCAUUGAUCGAUGAAGAAUCCGCGGUCUUAACUAUCAGAAAGAUCCAAGAAGAAGAUGUUGGUGAUUAUACUCUGAAAUUGGUGAACAAUAUUGGAGAGGCUAGCAUAGAAAUCAACGUCGUCAUCGUUCAGGUACCAAGUGCACCUGGAGCACCAGAACCACUGGAAGUAACUGAGAACAGUGUUACACUUCACUGGAAGAAACCAGAUUCAAAUGGAAACUCGCCUAUUGUCGAGUACAUUCUGGAGCAUCAAGAAAAGACUGAAACUACGUGGACCAAAGUUGCAGAAACGAUAAAGGAAACAACUCACAAAGUAACGAAAUUAACAACGAACAAAGAAUAUACUUUCCGUGUAACAGCUGCAAACGAAGCUGGACCAGGCGAAACAUCCCCAACUUCUCCAUACAUAAAGAUAACAAAACCAUCGGCUGCAGAACCACCAAUUAUCUUAGAACCUCUGAAGAGUGUCGUCGUUGGCCUUGGAGAAACCGUCAGUUUAACUUGCGUCAUUGGUGGAACACCGGCGCCUGAGAUUAUUUGGUUAAGAAAUGGAGAAAUUUUCGAAGAUACCAAUAUCACGUACGAAAACCGUAUGUCCAAAUACACCAUCACGAGGACAACGGAAACUUCAUCGGCAAGCUUCACUGUGAAAGCGAAGAACGACAUAGGAACAGCGGAAACAACGUGCGAGUUGAAGGUGCAAGAACCGCCUAAGAUCACUUACGACGAAACACUGGCAAGCCAAAAUCUUCCCGUGAACGGUCAAUGGAAGAUCGAGAUUCAGACGAGCGGAUUCCCAAAACCGGAAGUAACGUGGUUGAAGAGCAACAAGAAGAUAGUCGACAAACGUGUAUCUAUUGAAACGGUGGAAAAUACAUCUACCAUCUUUAUUUCUUCGCUUAGCAGGGAAGAUAGUGCCACUUACACGGUGAAGGCUGUGAAUGAAGCUGGCAGCUCUUCGGUUGAAUUACAUCUUAGAGUAAUAGAUAAACCUAGCAAGCCUCAAGGACCAGUGGUCUUCAAAGAAAUUAGGCAAGAUCGUGUCACUAUCGAAUGGCGGCCACCGGAAGACGAUGGUGGAAUCGAACUCGAGAAGUACACGAUCGAGAAGUACGAACCUGGCAAGACUUGGACGAAGGUGGUCGAUAUUGAUAAAGAAGUAGAAAGUUUCUGCGUGCACAAAUUGCAACAGAAUGCCGAGUAUAAAUUCAGAAUCAUCGCCAGGAACGCUGUUGGAGCCUCUGAACCUCUGGAAUCGGAAAUAGUCAAAAUGAGGACUUCCUUCGAACCACCUGGACCACCAAGAGGACCUCUGGAAGUAUCAGGAAUGACGAAAACAUCGUUCACAAUAAAAUGGCAGGCUCCAGAAAACGAUGGUGGAACACCAAUAACAGAAUACAUCAUCGAGAUUAAAGAAGAAUCGAAGAAAGCUUGGCAAAAAAUCGGCAGCACAAAGCACGAAACGACACAAUUCGGCGUAUCGAAUCUAAAGACAGAUGUGCCAUACAACUUUAGGAUAACAGCUAAAAACAGCGUUGGAACUGGUCCUCCUUACGUGGCUGAAGAAUCAAUUGCACCAGGCAGACGAAUCACACCACCAUCGAGUCCGCAACAUGUACAAGUGAUAAAUGUUACCAGCAAGAGCGUGACGCUCAGUUGGUCUCCACCAGCCAGCAAUGGAGGAACAGAACUCACAGGAUACAUAAUCGAAAAGAGGCCAUUGAUUGGAAAAGGAGCAAGAUGGACGAAAGUUGUCACCCUGGACGCUAUGACGCUUCAAUAUUGUAUAGAGAAUUUGAAAGAGAGCGAAUUUAUCUUCAGAAUCUUCGCUGAGAACAACAUAGGACUCAGUUUACCUACAAAUUCAGAACCAGUUACCUUGAUGACACAUGCCAAUGUUCCAUCACCACCAACUGCACCAUUGGAAAUCAGGCAAAUUGCAGCAAACACAGUCGUUAUUUCGUGGGGCAGGCCGGAAUCAGAUGGCGGUGCGCCAUUGGAAAGUUACAAAAUUGCUAUUAGGGAUGCAAAGAAGACCAUGUGGAUGGAAGUAGGCAGAGUGAACGCAGAUACACAGAAAUUAAAUAUCAGGGAUCUUCAGGAGAAUCACAUGUACCUAAUCAGGAUCUUUGCCAAAAACGAAGUCGGUCUCAGUGAUCCUCUAGAAUCUGAUGAACCUGUCAAAAUCAUACCAGCUUCCGAAUUAGCCGUAGUGGAGCCAAUCGCAGAAAUGACCGAAAAAGGUGAAACUGCAUCGGUCAGUUUUAGCACAGAGAAUACGAGUUCUUGGCUACGCGAGCACAACAUGGACGCCGACAUCCAUUCAUACGCGAGAGCAAGACUUCUUAGACAAGACGAGUACUUCUUCCGCAUUUGGCAUUACGCUAAGAAACUUUUCGAAUAAGCAUUUCUACGAUUUAACGAUGAAAUGAAAAACGAAGAACGGAAUUCACAUUCUUUCUUCAUUUUAUCGAGGACCAUAACAUAUAAUUUAACGCGUUAGCGAGACAAAGAAAACGAAAUAAUAAUGGACAGAUUUUUUUUAUUAAUUUAAUGCGUUAUAGAGAUAUUUCUGUUCUUUUUCUCUUCUGUCCUUUUUUUUUUCAACGAAAUUUGAGAGAAUCGUAUUUCUAUAAAAAUUAUUUUCCUCUUUCACGAAACUUUUUAUUCUAGCGUCAGAUAUUUGCGACGUUUGAUCUCUUACGUGAACACCGUAUAUACGUAUAAUAUACGAAAAAUUAAUGACACUGUUACAUCGUUCCUCUUUUAGAAUCACGCGUAUAGAGACUAGAUUUAUUUUAAGGAUCGAUAUUGGAUGGGUGUAGAAUCUAGUCAGCAUAGAAUAAUGAUAUUAUUAUUAUUAUUUUCUUUCUCAUCUUUUAACGGACCAAGACUUCCUCACGCAUACUUGGAAUCAAACACAAACGGAAGACAUUUACAUUUCUUCCGAUUCACGAAAUAAUCGCCACGAUUUAAUAACCGUGUAACUGAAAAUUCGUCAAAAAAAAAAAAAAAAUGAAGAAACUUUAUCGGUAAUCUUCAUGAUAUCUAAAUAAGCAUUUUUUAAUUAAUUAAUUUAAAUUUCGUUAAACGUAUUAUCAUUUAAAAUUAAUUAAUUUUAAAUUAAAUUUAUAAUAAACAAUAUCAAUCGAUAUCGUGAACAUUCGGUAUAACGUUUCUUCUUUUUUUUUUUUUUUGAAUUAUUAAAAAUGGUAAAAUAUUAAAAUUUUAUCUUUUAAUCACGCAAAUUGAACAGACGAAUUUUCAGUCGCAUCGAAUUGUAUUUAAAUACGUUGUAUUUAAAAAAAGAACAUCCUGAUUUCCUCGAUAUAUUCCUUUCGGUAAACGAGAAGCUUUAUUAUCAAUCAUUCGACGAGAAAAUUUUAAAUCCCCCCGAGACUCGAUUCGUCGGUGAAUGUGAUAAACGAUCGGAAUCGAUCGAGUACCUUAUGUAAAGAAGCAUAUUUAGAGGUGAUUAAGGAUUAGUUGAACAACCCUCUCUCCACCAAUCCUUUAUUAUCCCUUUUGUUACUUCCCUAUCCAACACCUUUUCUAUUUAUAUUAUGAAUACGAACGGAAAGAAACGUUCGUUUACUCCUACCCGAGUUUGCGAGGAUUACUUUUAGUAUUUAUUCGUAAAUGUAUAAUAUUAUGUUCAAUUGUUACACGUUACCAUUACCGUUAUUAAUUAAUUAAUUAAUUAAUUAAAAUCGUUCGUUAAUGUGAUCGGCAUCAUUGCUGAUGCUCGUACGACUGGUUAUUUGAAGAGACUAGAGAAAACGAGGAAAUGCCACGCGUGGUUGGUGUCGCGAGACGUAACAAAAUAUAGGUGCAAGAACAACAACAACGUUCACCAACUACGUGUCGCAUACUUCGCGUUAUAUUGUAAGAAAUCAUUUUUUUUUUUGCGAAUUAAAUUAUUGCAAACGGUA